UUCCGUUGGCUUUCCCAAAACCCCCCAUUUCUCAUCGCCAGGGUUUCGCUCUCAUUGUGGAAUGGCCGAGCACAGCGAGUCUGAUUCCAAAGGUGAGUCGUUCAUGGACACGAUCGUUGAGAAGCUUCACAGCGACGAUUCCUCAUCGUCGUCCUUCGAAUCUGAUUCCGAUAAGAAUCCCAAGUCUUCAGUCAAGACCAAGAUUUUUCGAUUGUUCGGCAGAGAAAAACCACUUCACAAGGUCUUCGGUGGUGGCAAACCUGCUGACAUAUUCUUGUGGAGGAACAAGAAGAUAUCUGCUGGUGUCCUUGUGGGGGCCACUGCAAUCUGGAUCCUGUUCGAAUUGGUCGAAUACCACCUUCUUACUCUAGUGUGCCAUAUAUUGAUAUUGUUGCUUGCAACCUUGUUCCUAUGGUCCAAUGCAACAACAUUCAUCAAGAAGUCUUCUCCACAUAUUCCAGAAGUUCAGCUCCCGGAGGAACCAUUCCUUGAAGUUGCUUCUGCUUUAAGGAUUGAAAUUAACCGAGCUCUUGCUGUGUUGCGAGAUAUUGCGUCCGGAAAGGAUCUAAAGAAGUUUCUCGGAGUGAUUGUUGGCUUGUGGAUACCUUCAAUUUUGGGAAGUUGCUGCAAUUUCUUGACAUUGCUCUACAUAUCUGUGGUAUUGCUGCACACGGUGCCUGUACUAUAUGAGAAGUAUGAGGACCAAGUUGAUUCGCUUUCAGAGAAAGCAAUGAUCGAGAUCAAGAAACAGUAUGCAGUGUUUGAUUCCAAGGUUCUCAGUAAAAUUCCAAGAGGACCAUUGAAAGACAAGAAAAGGGUUUAGGAAAGCCGAGAUAGUCAAUGUGCAAUAGAUGUUUGGGUUGUUGUAAGUUUGUGGAUGAUUGUUGUGCCGUUUUGCCUAUCUUUGUUAGUUUCAUGUUUUCGUUUUGUUCACUGCUUCUAUAAGCAAUAUCAAUAGUGUUUGUUUGCCUGCACAUCAACCUUAGGUGAUUUCUCAUCAAUGUUAUUAGUUUGAAAUAGUUGUCUUUAUUUAGAGUCUUGUAAAUGGUUAUUGCUUCUCUAGAUGUGUGCCUUAUGGGAGAGGGACUCUUGUUCCCUCAGAUGGUCCACGAUAAGAUAUGAUUUAUUGUUUAUUUUUUUAGUUCUUUGCGUAAAUCAUUUAUAUAUAUUGUAAUCACAUAAUUUUAUUA